UCCCUCCCUGUCGAAGAAUCAGCUAGCCAUGUCUAGUAACCUAUUCCAAGGGCUUCCUCCCCCUUCAGCACCACCGCCACCUCCUCCUCCGCCGGAGCAACCUGCUCCAACGUUGCUUCCUGCCACCGCCAAAGGUUCUCCAACUCGACCUGCCCCUGCUCUCAAGAGCGCCCUUAAACGUUCCAACCCUUCCGACUCCGACCCUCAAGCCACUGCUCCAAAGAAAAGCUUGAGGUUUAAAACGAUCGCUGACACUUCUGAAACGCAAGUCGUAAAUGCCAUGACAAAGAUAGCUUCACAUAUAAGCAAUGCUUCAAAAUUCAGCAAGGCAUCGAACCUUGCAAUACAGCUGAUCCAGGCUGGAAGCGUUAAACCUGGUAAUAGUGACUACUUCUUUGCCAUACUUGAAGCUGCAAUGUAUUCACCAACCACCUGUAAUAAUCCUCUGGUGAGGGCUGAUUAUCAUGCAUUGUUUUCAGCUUCACAGGACUUAAGCGAAUGCUUUACUCCGAAGCAAAGAAAGCAUUUGAGUGUGUGGACAAUCAGAGCUGUAAUGGCGAAUGAUCUCUUCACUGAUGAUAGUUUUGUGUUUUCCAAGGCUUGUGGGAGAAUCAAAGAUGCCAUCUCAAAUCUUCCUGUAGCAACAAAGGAUGAUGACAUGGAAGAAGCUGCUGCCCUGAAAGAUGAAUCAGAAGAACAUGCUUCCUUGAAUCAUAUACCUGAAUCAAGUGCCAAGGAAGAGUCUUCCGAUCCCUUUGGACUGGAUGCUCUGAUUCCAGAUUCAUCAACGAAAGAUGAAAAAGUAAAAGCCAAAUUAGAUGAUGAAGCAACAGCAUCUAAAAUAAGAAAAGAAGAAGAUGAAGAAGCUAAGAGAUUCUUGAAAUCAGAAAGAGAAGCAUUGAUUCUCUGUUUAGAGAUUGCUGCAAAGCGUUAUAAAAUCCCAUGGUGUCAAACAGUGAUAGACAUAACUGUGAAACAUGCUUUUGACAAUGUUGGGCGAUUUACAUCCAAACAGAGGAAUGCAAUCGAGAAACUAUGGGGUUCAAUAAGAGAGCAACACAAUCGAAGGAAGCAAGGAAAAUCUGUUUCUGGGAAGCUGGAUGUGAAUGCUUUCGAGUGGCUACAACACAAGUACUCAACCGAAAAGAUAAGUAUACGUCAUUCUGUUGGUGGCAAUACCCGUCGUGCCGAACAGUGGCUUGGCUGAUGCCAAUAUGGUAAUUGUUUUUCAGUUUUUGUUAUCAGAUAGAUCACAAGGACAACGUUCUGAAAUUGGAAAAUGCCCAUCGGGUUGUAUAACAUGCAUGCUCUCAUAUAUUUAUGUGGUCAGUUUCCUACUA